CGUCCUCCCAUUGCUCGAGGCAACACACAAGUAACACAGGGAGCACAGAUACGUUCGGCCAUACCGAAGAUGGCUAAGCUUGCCGCAUUGGCUAUGGUAGCGUUGCUUGGCUGCGUGGCGCGGACGUGCCACGCUUCAGGGUAUGGUGGGUAUCCCAGCCCGGGCACGCCUAGCAGCUACCCUCCACCUCCACCCAGCCCAACGCCAACCCCGCCUAGCCCGAGCCCUCCUCCUGCUGCGCCGGCGCUCGCGAUCGGACACUACUACAAGACAUGCUACAAAGCUGAACAGAUCGUGAGGGAUUCAGUGAGAAAGGCGGUGUAUGCCAACCGCGGCAUCGGCGCCGGGCUCAUCCGCCUUUUCUUCCACGACUGCUUCGUCAGGGGGUGCGACGCCUCGGUCCUCCUCGACCCGACGCCGGCCAACGCUCAGCCAGAGAAGCUCGGCAUCCCCAACUUCCCGAGCCUGCGCGGCUUCGAGGUGAUCGACGCGGCAAAGGCGGCGCUCGAGGAGGCCUGCCCUGGAGUCGUCUCGUGCGCGGACAUCGUCGCUUUCGCUGGCCGCGAUGCCACUUUCUUCCUCAGCAACGGGAGGGCGUAUUUCGACAUGCCGGCCGGCCGCUACGACGGGAACGUGUCCCUCGCCAGCGAGACCCUCCCCAACCUGCCUCCGCCCUUCGCCACCCUCCAGACGCUCAAGGACAUGUUCGCCUCCAAAGGGCUCACCGCCGACGAGAUGGUCACCCUCUCCGGCGCACAUAGCGUCGGGGUCUCCCACUGCUCGUCCUUCUCGGACCGCCUCCCUCCCAACCCCUCUGACCCCUCGGCCAUGGAUGCCACGCUCGCCGCGUCUGUGCAGGUAAAAUGCAACCGCACUGGUGACCCCGUGGUGGUGCAGGACUUCAGGACCCCGGGGGACCUAGACAACCAGUAUUACAAGAACGUGCUCGAUAAAAAAGUAUUGUUCAAGUCGGACGCCGCACUCCGUUCGUCGGAGACUGGGGCACAAGUGCUCCUCAACGCCUGGAUCCCUGGGCAGUGGGAGCAAAAGUUCAAGGCGGCCAUGGUGAGGAUGGGCAGUAUCGAAGUGAAGACCAGGGCCAACGGGGAGAUCAGAAAACAGUGCCGGUUUGUGAACUAGCUAAGCGGUGGAUCAAAAUAUCACAAGAAUUGACGCAUAUCUUAUCUUGAUUCUCCACGCUGGAGACUCAUGAGAAUAUGCUAAUGGUUUAUGUAUGUGCCAUUUUCGAGUUAUCGUUGCUGUUUGAUUUCAGAUACGGUUAUUUUUAGCAAAAAUAACUAUGACUAUUUUUGCAUUACAUGUACCGACAUUUUCCGUGCACUUGAUUAAUUAAAGAGAUUAUAAUUA